CUACCGCCAUCGCCACUCGCCACUGGAGAUCUGAUCGCUGUCGGCCUGUCGCCACACGUUGCGCACUGGUCGCUCCUCCCGUCGACUCGCAGCCCAGUUGCCUCGCUGCUCCCUCCUCCAGACUCCUGCUUCUUCUCCUCCAGACCUCGCUCUGUAGUCGAUAGAAUUUGAAAUUGGAGAUUGGGAAAGUGUGUGAAAAGAUGAGUGAUGGCCAGCGGUUUCAGCUUGGGACUAUUGGCGCACUCAGUUUGUCUGUGGUAUCUUCUGUCUCUAUUGGCGCACUCAGUACACACUGACGUACUGAUUUUUCUUCCUCAAAAUGAUCAUACUACGUAGCUGCACCAAGAGAUCAUGCUGCUUAAAGACAAAAUCAUUCACCAGAAUGUUCUGUUCGAAGGACACAACACAAGUCAUGUUUGAUCCCAUGAAAAAGGUUUGUGACAUUUUGAUGUCUUGCCCAAAAUCAGGGCUUGACGCUGAGCUUGACCGGAGUGGGGUCAGGCCAUCAACAGAUCUGGUCGAAGAAGUGCUGAAGAGAUUUGACAAUGCUGGUAUGUUGGCUCACCGUUUCUUUGAGUGGGCAGGUAGACAACGGAACUACGAGCAUAGUGUCAGGUCUUAUCACAGCAUGAUUGAAUCCCUUGCCAAGAUUAGACAAUAUCAAGUAAUGUGGGAUCUUGUGAAUAUAAUGAAAGGAAAGGGUAUGCUAAAUAUUGAGACAUUUUGUAUAAUGAUGAGGAAGUAUGCGAGGGCAAAGAAGGUGGAGGAGGCGGUGUACACGUUCAAUGUGAUGAAGAAAUAUGAUGUCCCUUCCAACCUCGCGGCUCUCAACGGGUUGUUGAGUGCCCUUUGCAAAUCGAGAAACGUGAGGAAAGCAGAAGAGAUUUUCAAUGACGUGAAAGACCAGUUUGCCCCCGACGUGAAAACAUAUAGUAUAUUGCUCGAGGGAUGGGGACGAGAGCCCAACCUUCCAAAGGCGAGGGAGAUUUAUGCAAUGAUGGUUGCGGCGGGUUGUGGGCCCGAUAUAGUGACAUAUGGUAUUAUGGUCGAUAUCCUGUGCAAGGCUGGCCAGGUUGAGGAAGCAGUUAAAAUUGUCAAGGAGAUGGAGUUUGGGGGAUGUAAGCCAACUUCUUUUAUUUACAGCAUCUUAAUUCAUACUUAUGGUAUGUAUAACAGAAUUGAAGAUGCAAUUGAUACAUUCCAUGAAAUGCAAAGAAGCGGGGUCCACGGUGAUGUGGUCAUUUAUAAUUCACUGAUAAGUGCUUUUUGUAAAGUGAAGAGGUAUGGGAACACUUAUAGGGUCCUAAACGAGAUGGACCAUAAAGGUGUGACCCCAAACUCAAGGACUUGUAACAUCAUUCUGAGCAGUUUAAUUGGUGAGGGGGAAACUGACGAGGCUUUCAAAGUCUUCCGGAAGAUGAUCAAGAUCUGUGAUGCUGAUGUGGACACAUAUACCAUGAUGAUAAAAAUGUUUUGCGCGAAAAAGGAGCUUCUUAAGGCACGUAAAAUAUGGAAGCUAAUGAAGGAGAAGCAGGUUAUUCCCAGCAUGCACACUUUUUCUGUGCUUAUCAAUGGGAUAUGUGAUGACGGGGAUGCUCACAGGGCUUGUAAAUUGAUGGAAGAGAUGAUCGAGAAAGGGAUUCGUCCCGACAGGGAGACGUUUGGAAAGUUAAGACAACUGCUCUUGAAGGAAAACAGAAAGGACGUGCUCGAAUUUCUUCACGAGAAGAUGGAUCUUCUGGUCAAAGAGCCCUUAUGUGACUAAAAAUUUUGCUGAUUAUGUGACACAGCCGCCCUGACUUGGUGGCAGUGACACUAUCACCCGUGUGUCAAUGCCAACUUCUUCGCCACCGAUAUAUAUUUGAAUAAGUGACCAACACAGUGAAAAUCUAGCCGCCGCCACCGUAACCGUCACAGUGACGCCUAAUAGGCACUAACACUACAAACAUACACUAUACACCACACUUUCACCUUACCCCUACUAGAAACACUACACAACAUUGCUGUAAAUUGUACUCAUCUCAAGAAACUAUAUCAACAUCGGCAACCUGCAUACCUGAACCUCAUGAAAGGGAAUGUUGUGUGAUACAAACUAUGGGACAUCACAAGUGAAGUUGGCUCCAGUAUUGUCUAUAAAGGCGAAUACACUAAAGUGAUAUACUUUAGUUUUUUGAGAUUAGGUUCUAUGUUUUCUUCAUUUUUCUUCUCUGCUUGUUUUGAGCCCUAACUUGAAUUUAAUGCACCAUAUUUAUAUCCAAAGGGUUACUUCUCAUUAUAUCCAAAUUAUGUGUGCAUGUUAUGUGCACAAUGUUUUUUAUUACUGGCCUCUACCAUAGGCGUAAUCUUAACCAGUCUCACACAGAUGAGUAAUACCAUACAGAAGAUGUUCAAGAUUUCUUCCACACAGCUUCUAUAUCAAUCUUGCCCUUAUCAAGCAAUUACUCUUACUGUAACUGGACCAUUUCCGGACAGACUUUUAACAAAUAAAAAUGUGAAAUUUUGCGUGAAUGUUAUAGACUUCACGAAAAAACUCACGAAAUUUAAUAAAAAAAUAGGACUUUUAGUUUUUGAAGGUAAAUAAAAGUAUACCAAUUUAGUAUGUUGGGCAGUUUGAUUUCAUUCAUUCUGCAUUCAUAUUCACACUAAGCAACACUACUACCACACUUGCGCCUCAUUUUGAAGAUAACAUAAAUUUUAACAAUUUUUCUGUUAACAUGUAUUUUUGUUUCUUUAAUUCUGGGGAUUGGGAUUAGGACCAGGGAUGGCCCUGGCCCAACCUAAAAGAAUAGUAUCUCCAUCCCGUUUAAAGGUUCAUACGAUAAAAUGAAAUGGUACAAUUAUUUAGAUAAUAACUAAAUAAAAUAAUUCGAAAUAUUUUUAGAAAAAUAAUUUUGAUAAGUACGAUAGUAUAUAUGAUAGUAUUAUAAUAGGGUUAGUGGUAAUAACUAUGAUGUUAACAAUAUAUUAUUUGUAAUACUUGAUAAUUAAAUUGUUGUUUAAGAAUUUUAAUUAUUUCUUAAAAUAUAAAUGAGAAUCUUUGUUUAUACAUGAGCAAUACUACCUCCGUCCCAAAAUGAUGGUCCUGUAUUUCCUUUUUGGAAUGUCCCAAAAUGAUGGUCAUGUUUCCCUUUUUGUAAAGAAAAUUGUGGUCCAUAUCAUUUCACUUUAUUAUACUCAAAUCUCAACCACAAUUUUUAUAUUUUCAACCACUUUAUUAAAACUUGUGUCUAAAAGAAAUGAGACAUCAAACUAAGAAGGAGGGAGUAACUUUUAACUAGGUUAGUAUAUACUACCGCCAUCGCCACUCGCCACUGGAGAUCUGAUCGCUGUCGGCCUGUCGCCACACGUUGCGCACUGGUCGCUCCUCCCGUCGACUCGCAGCCCAGUUGCCUCGCUGCUCCCUCCUCCAGACUCCUGCUUCUUCUCCUCCAGACCUCGCUCUGUAGUCGAUAGAAUUUGAAAUUGGAGAUUGGGAAAGUGUGUGAAAAGAUGAGUGAUGGCCAGCGGUUUCAGCUUGGGACUAUUGGCGCACUCAGUUUGUCUGUGGUAUCUUCUGUCUCUAUUGUUAUUUGCAACAAGGCCCUUAUCAGCUCCCUCGGUUUUACAUUUGCUACAACUUUGACAAGUUGGCAUCUUCUAGUUACAUUUUGUUCUCUUCAUGUGGCCCUAUGGAUGAAAUUCUUUGAACACAAGCCGUUUGAUCCCAGAGCUGUGAUGGGGUUCGGAAUGCUGAAUGGGACUUCAAUUGGCCUUCUCAAUCUAAGUUUGGGGUUCAAUUCAGUUGGAUUUUAUCAGAUGACGAAAUUGGCAAUCAUCCCUUGUACGGUUCUUUUGGAGACCUUAUUCUUUAGGAAGAACUUCAGUAGGAAUGUCCAGGUUGCACUGACUAUCCUUCUCUUUGGUGUUGGAAUUGCAACAGUUACUGAUCUACAGCUCAACAUGCUGGGCUCUAUUCUAUCUAUGCUUGCAAUUAUCACAACCUGCAUUGCACAGAUUAUGACUAAUACCAUACAGAAGAAGUUCAAGGUUUCUUCCACACAGCUUCUAUAUCAAUCUUGCCCUUAUCAAGCAAUUACUCUGAUUGUAACUGGACCAUUUCUGGACGGGCUUUUGACAAAUAAAAAUGUGUUUGCUUUCAACUACACUCCAAAAGUGUUGGCAUUCAUUGUUCUAUCUUGCUUAAUAUCAGUUUCUGUGAACUUCAGUACAUUUCUAGUAAUUGGGAAGACAUCUCCAGUGACCUACCAAGUAUUAGGACAUCUGAAAACUUGCCUUGUGUUAGCCUUCGGAUAUGUUCUCCUUCAUGACCCUUUCAGUUGGAGGAACAUUUUAGGAAUAUUUGUUGCCGUGAUUGGAAUGAUUAUCUAUUCGUAUUAUGUCACUAUUGAGACCCAACAAAAGGCUAGUGAAGCAUCAGUCCAGGUUUUUCAGGAAAAGGGCGGUGAAUCUGAUCCUCUGAUAAAUGCUGAAAAAGGAGGCAGCAUUUUAGGUGACAAUGCUAAAUCGUCGCCGGGGUGGAAUUCAAACAGGGACUUAAAGGCUUAAGAAUAAAGCAUCUUCAAAUGAUUAAUAUUCAUUGGUUUGCCCUUAUCAGAGAAUGUGUUGUGUAUGGGCAAAGAAAAAAAUGAGUAAAGAAAAAGAAAUUCUAUUUUGCCAUUAUUUAGAGCUAAAGAAUACUUGCUUCUACAGAGCAGUUUUGUUAUCAAGACUAGUAAGAUUAAGCAGUAAAAUUUUAGAAAUACACUACUUAUAUAGUUAUAUGAUAUAUCCAGUGUGGAACGUUAUACAAUUAUAGUUGUCACGGGAACAGAAAUAUAAAAUGCCUAAAAUUCUAUAAGGCAAAAAAACAGUUUUUGUGUUCAG